CAUGGUGACAUCGUCCCCGCCGUCCCACCAUGGUGACAUCGCCCGAGGCCACCGGACCCCCCCGGGCGUGAGGACCCCCCGACCCGACGUCCCCAAUGUCCCCAACGAUGUCCCCAAGGACCCCAACGAUGUCCCCAACGUCCCCAACGAUGUCCCCAACGUCCCCAACGAUGUCCCCAAGGACCCCAACAGUGUCCCAAAUGGCCCCAACGAUGUCCCCAACGUCCUCAACGAUGGCCCCAAGGACCCCAAUGUCCCCAAAAACGUCCCCAACAAUGUCCCCAAUGACCGCAGCGACAUCCCCAAUGGCCCCAAUGACCCAAAUGACCCAAACGAUGGCCCCAAUGGUCCCAACGACCCCAACGACGUCCCCAAUGACUCAAACGACAUCCCCAACAUCCUCAAGGUCCCCAACAGCCCCAACGAUGUCCCCAAUGACCCCAAUGAUGUCCCCAAUGUCCCCAUGACUGUGUGGCCCCAUGGUGGCACCAGCCACAGGGAUGGGACCUGUGGUGGCUUUGGACAUGGUGGCAUCUCCCAUGGUGGCAUCUCCCAUGGUGACAUUUCCUGGCAUUGCGGCACCUCCUGUGACAUCGUCAUCGUCUCCCCCAGUGGUGGCAUCUCCCAUAAUGUCACAUCCCAUGGUGGUGGCAUCUCCGGUGACAUUUCCCACAGUGGUGGCAUCUCCCACGAUGGUGGCAUCUCUCAGAAUAGGGACGUCGUCCAUAGUGGUGACAUCUCCCAAGGUGACAUCAUCUCUCAUGGUGACAUCUCUUGUCAUAGUGGCAUCUCCCAUGGUGGUGGCAUCUCCCGUGGUGGUGGCAUCUCCUCCAGUGACAUCUCCCGUAGUGACACCUCCCAUGGUGACAUGUCUUCUCAUGGUGGCAUCUCUCAUAUUGGUUGCAUCUCCCAUGGUGACAUCUACAGUGCUGGCAUCUCCUCCAGUGACAUCUCCCACAGUGGUGGCAUCUCCCAUGGUGACAUUUCCUAUGGUGACAUCUCCCAUGAUGGUGACUCCUACAGUGGUGGCAUCUCCCAUGAUGGUGGCAUCUCCCAUGGUGGUGACAUCUCCCAUGAUGACAUCUCCUGUGAUGGUGACAUCUUCCAUCAUGGUGACAUCUCCCAUGGUGGCAUCUCCUACAGUGACAUCCCCAAUGGUGACAUCUCCCAUCAUGGUGACAUCUCCCAUGGUGGCACCUGGCACAGUGACAUCUCUCAUGGUGGUGACAUCUCCCAUGAUGACGUCUCCUGUGAUGGUGACAUCUCCCAUCAUGGUGACAUCUCCCAUGGUGGCACCUGGCACAGUGACAUCUCUCAUGGUGGUGACAUCUCCCAUAAUGGUGACAUCAUCUCCUAUGAUGACAUCUUCCAUGAUGACGACGUCUCCUCCCAUGGUGGUGACAUCUCCCAUGGUGGCAUCUCCUACAGUGACAUCUCCAACGGUGACGUCUCCCAUCAUAGUGACAUCUCCCAUGGUGGCACCUUGCACAGUGACAUCUCUCAUGGUGGUGACAUCUCCUAUGAUGACGUCUCCCAUGAUGGUGACAUCUCUCAUGGUGGUGACAUCUCCCAUAAUGGUGACAUCAUCUCCUAUGAUGACGUCUUCCAUGAUGACGACGUCUCCUCCCAUGGUGGUGACAUCUCCCAUGGUGGCAUCUCCUACAGUGACAUCCCCAAUGGUGACAUCUCCCAUCAUGGUGACAUCUCCCAUGGUGGCACCUUGCACAGUGACAUCUCUCAUGGUGGUGACAUCUCCCAUAAUGGUGACAUCAUCUCCUAUGAUGACGUCUUCCACGGUGAUGACGUCUCCCAUGACGGUGACGUCUCCUACAGUGACAUCUCCCACGAUGGUGACAUCUCCUAUGGUGACAUCUCUCAUCAUGGUGGCAUCUCCCAUGAUGGUGACAUCGUCUCCCACGGUGGCAUCUUGCACAGUGACAUCUCCCAUGGUGGUGGUGGCAUCUCCCAUGACGCUGAGUCCCACCAUGGUGCCACCUCCCAUGGUGCCACCUCCCCAAGUGUCCCCACCCCAUCCCCCUCCCUCCUGGGCCUGUCCCACCACCCGCGGUGGCCUCGUCGCCUCCUCCUCCUCCUCCUCCUCCUCCUCCUCCCCCCGUCCCCAACCUCGGCCGCCACCUUCAAGAUGGGCGUCAUGGGCCCCUGGUCAUGUGACCCCAUCCUGAGCCACGCCCUCCCGGACGUCGCCUCCCGAUUGGCCGUCGCCCGCCUCAACCGCCACCCGGCGUUCAACCGCGGCUACUGGUGGGACGCCGUGGUGGUCACCGAGCCCUGCGACACCCCCCAGGCCGUCACCAACCUCCUCAACCUCGACCGUUAUGCCGCCGCCCUGAUUGGCCCGUUCAACCCGGCCGCCUGCGGCGCCGCCGGCCUAUUGGCCGCCGCCUGGAACAAGCCGUUGGUGUCUUGGUCCUGCUUGGGGGACGCCGAGGGGUUGGACACGUUGGUGGUGCCGAUGCCGGAGCCCGUUGGGGUUCUCCACGAGGUGCUGAGAUACUUCCGGUGGGCGCACGUGGCCGUGGUGACGUCGGCGGGGGACGCGUGGCGGGAGGUGGGCCAGGGAGUGGCCCAGGAGCUGCGGGCGCGGGGGCUGCCGGUCACCGUGGUCACGGCGCUGGGGACGCAGCAGGAUGAGGCCCGGGAGGCGCUGAGGAGGGUGCAGAGGGCGGACGGGGUCAGAGUGGUGCUGAUGUGCAUGCACUCGGUCCUGCUGGGCGGCGAGGAGCAGCGCGUCCUAUUGGAGGAGGCCGAGGACCUGGGCAUGACCGAUGGCACCUACGUCUUCGUCCCCUACGACGCCCUCACCUUCCCCCUGCCCUAUCGCCGCGUCUCCUACCCCGCGCUGGCCAACAACACCAAACUGCGCUUGGCCUACGACGCCGUCCUCACCGUCACCAUCGACUCGCCCGACCGCAACUUCCGCGAGGUCCUGCAGGAGGCCAAGGAGGCCUAUGAGGUCCCCGCGCACAUUGACCCCGCGCAGGUCCACCCCCUCUUUGCCACCAUCUACAACUCCAUCCACUUCCUGGCGGCGGCCGUGGAGGCCACGCGCCGGACGGGCCGCUGGGUGAUGGGCACCAGCGUGGCCGAGAACAUCCGCGACUUCCAGCUGGAGGGUUUCUGCCAGAACUUCUCCGUCGGCGAGGACGGGGACGUCACCGUCCCCUACGUGGUGCUGGACACGGACAACAAGGGCGACCACCUGUGGCCGGUCUACGGGCUGGACCCGGGGACGCGGGGGUUGAGCUACCGUGGCCACCGCGUCCAUUGGCCACACGGCUCCAGCCCCGGCACCGACGCCGGGUGUUGGUUUGAGUCGGGGACCAUCUGCAAUGGGGGCCUGGACGCCACCUUCAUCCUCCUCCUCUUCCUCCUCAUCGCCGCCCUGGUGGCAGCGGGCGCCGCCCUCGCCUGCUACAUCAGGCGCCGCAUCCAACAGGCCCAGUUGAUGAAGGGACCCAACAAGAUCAUCUUGACCAUGGAGGACUUGACCUUCAUCAACACCCAGAGCAGCAAACGGGUGGACGGCAGCCGCACCAGCCUGGCCGGCCGCAGCGCCGGGGACACCAAGAGCGUCAAGAGCGUCACCGCCGCCCCCGACAACACCAACGUGGCCAUCGCCGAGGGAGCCGAAAACACGAAGGGCAACAGCCACCUCCCCCUCCUCCUCCUUUUGUUUAACCAGCAGGGCCUUGUCGCCUCCGUGCAGGGUGACUGGGUUUGGCUGAAGAAGUUCCCUGGAGAGCAGCACAGUGAGGUGAAACCGGCCACCAAGUUGGUCUUCUGCAAGCUGCGCGACCUGCGGCACGAGAACGUCAACCUGUUCCUGGGCUUCUUCCACGACUGCGGGAUCUUCGCCAUCGUGUCGGAGCACUGCUCGCGCGGCAGCCUGGAGGACCUGCUGCGCAACGAGGACAUGAAGCUCGACUGGAUGUUCAAGUCCUCCCUCCUCAUCGACCUCAUCAAGGGGGUGCGCUACCUCCACCACCGCGACGUGGUCCACGGGCGCCUCAAGUCGCGCAACUGCGUGGUGGACGGGCGCUUCGUGCUCAAGGUCACCGACCAUGGCUACAACGAGCUGCUGGAGGCCCAGCGGGUGCCGACCCCCACUCCCCAGGCGCAGGAGCGGCUGUGGACGGCGCCGGAGCUGCUGCGCGACGCGGCGCUCGAGCGACGCGGCUCCUUCCGCGGCGACGUCUACGGCAUCGGCAUCAUCAUGCAGGAGGUGAUCUGCCGCAGCGCCCCCUACUGCAUGCUGGGGCUGCCCCCCGAAGAGAUCAUCGAGAAGGUGCGUCGGCCGCCCCCGCUGUGUCGCCCGGCCGUCUCGGCCGACCAGGCCCCGCUGGAGUGCAUCCACCUGAUGAAGCAGUGCUGGAGCGAGCAGCCCGAGCGCAGACCCACCAUCGACCAGAUCUUCGACCAGUUCAAGGCCAUCAACAAGGGCCGCAAGACCAACAUCAUCGACUCGAUGCUGCGCAUGCUGGAGCAAUACUCCAGCAACCUGGAGGACCUGAUCCGCGAGAGGACCGAGGAGCUGGAGAUCGAGAAGCAGAAGACCGACCGGCUCCUCACCCAGAUGCUGCCCCCGUCGGUGGCCCAAGCUCUGAAGAUGGGGACGCCCGUGGAGCCCGAGUACUUCGAGGAGGUGACGCUUUACUUCAGCGACAUCGUGGGCUUCACCACCAUCUCGGCCAUGAGCGAACCCAUCGAGGUGGUCGACCUCCUCAACGACCUCUACACCCUCUUCGACGCCAUCAUCGGCUCCCACGACGUCUACAAGGUGGAGACCAUCGGUGACGCCUACAUGGUGGCCUCGGGGCUGCCCAAGCGCAACGGCAACCGUCACGCCGGCGAGAUCGCCAACAUGUCCCUGGACAUCCUCAGCUCCGUCGGCACCUUCAAGAUGCGCCACAUGCCCGAGGUGCCCGUCCGCAUCCGCAUCGGCCUCCACUCGGGGCCUUGCGUGGCCGGCGUGGUGGGGCUGACGAUGCCGCGGUACUGCCUGUUCGGGGACACCGUCAACACCGCGUCGCGCAUGGAGUCCACCGGCCUGCCGUACCGCAUCCACGUCAACGCCCGCACCGUGGCCAUCCUGCAGGCGCUGCAGGAGGGGUUCAAGCUGGACAUCCGGGGCAAGACCGAGCUCAAGGGGAAGGGGAUCGAGGACACUUAUUGGCUGGUGGGACGCGAGGGCUUCACCAAACCCAUCCCCACCCCCCCCGACCUGCUGCCCGGGGCCAGCAACCACGGCAUCAGCCUGGACGAGAUCCCGGCCGAGCGGCGGAAGAAGCUGGAAAAGGCCCGGCCGGGGCAGGUGCUCAAAUAGUCCCCCCAGGCCCCGCCCCUCCCCCCGCCCUGGGGCAUCGUGGGACCUGGAGCAUCGCGGGAUGGCGGGAGGAGUAGCCGGACACGCUGAUUGGCUGCGGCACAGGAAGUAGAUGCUGGUGGGGGCCACGCCCCUUCUGGACUCUUAAAAAAGGGGCGGGGCAGGAAGUCCCUGGGGAGGGGGCGGGGCCAUGGGGGCCCAGCCAAUCAGGACGUGCUGAAAAGGGGGAGGGCCCUUGGGGGGGUGGGCGGCCAUCUUGGAUGGCAGCCAUCUUGGCAGGUGGCCAUCUUGGAAAGUGGCCAUAGGGGGCAGCCAUAUUGGGCAGCCAUAUUUAGAUUUUGGAAGGCCACCAUCUUGGGUAUCCAUUGUGGGCGGCCAUGUUGGGCGGCGGCCAUGUUGGGCGGCCAUAUUAGAUGGCCGCCAUCUUGGAAAGCGGACCAUAUGGAAGGUAGCAAGAUUGGAAGGCGGCCAUUUUGGAUGGCAGCCAUCUUGGGCAGCAGCCCAGUUGGAAGGCGGCCAUUUUGGGCGGCCAUCUUGGAAAGCGGCCAUUUUGGAAGGCGGCCACUUCAGGCAGCCAUAUUGAAAAAUGGCCAUCUUGGUAAGCGGCCAUCUUGGUAAGCAGCCAUCUUGAAGGCGGCCAUCUUGGAAGGCGGCCAUCUUGGAAGGCGGCCAUUUCGGACGGCCAUAUUGGGUGGCCAUGUUGGAAAGCACCCAUCUUAGAAAGCAGCCAUCUUGGAAACGCGGCUGGCAGCCAAUGGCACCGUCCGUACACUCUUAAAGGGACAGCCACUUAUCGGGGGGGUUUUUAGCUUCAUUCCCUCCCAUUUCUCUAUUUAAACCCCCCUUGUCAGUCUGUCUGUCUGUCUCUCCACCCCUCCCCCCCAGCCGCCGUCGGCCAUUUUAGCCUCAAUCUCAGGGAUUUUCAUCUGUAGACCAAAACCACCCCAAGAGCAGCUCAGGGGGCGGCGCUGGGGGGGAAUUUCCUGUAGAAAAAACCCAAGACUUUUGCUCAAAAAAGAGGUUCUGGAGUCGGCCAUCUUGUUCCCCCAACCAGGGCGGGGCUCUUAAAGGGGCAGCGUGCGGGUGGCCAUGUCGGC